ACACACCAGCAGCUGAUCUCUUCUUACCAUGUCUCUUUCAAUGCUGUCGUGGACUGACAUUCUGGAAGCUGUGGUUUUAGCUUUGGCCUGCAUUUUUGGAUUGACGGGAAACAUGAUAGUUCUCAACUUGUCACUGAAGAUCCGUAGCUGUGCCAGACAGAUUGCUCUUAUAUUCUGUGCCAUCACUUGUGCAGAUGCAGUAGUAUGUGCAGUCCGUUUGCCUGUCACCAUCUAUCUCAUACUAUCCUUGUAUCCUUCAGUCACAGAAAAUGGGAUAAACAUGAGUGACACCACCACACCUGCAGUGAAUAGCUCACUAAUGAAUGAAGGCAUCAACGAUGAUGUAAGAAAAAGUGCAUGGUAUGUCAGCAGCAGAAAUGACACAGAGCAGCAGGAUAAAGAGACUAGAGUUGACAUGGCUUGUGAAAUCUGGGCUGCAAGUGGGGCCAUCUUGUACACUAUUGUAUGUCUUCAUCUCCUGGUUGGCAGUCAACGCCUUUGCAUCAUCUUCUCCUUUCCAACAUACCGGAAGCUGUUCACGCACAUAUCCACCAUCUUUCUACUGGCUGUAUCAGGGCUGAUGGGUGUUGCUGUUGUCUACACUCCACUGCGUGUUUUAGGCAUGCGCAACAUACAAGCUGGAAGGGGCACAUGUCGAGUCAGUACUUGGGUACCAGACAAACUAGUGUGGACACAGAGUGUAGAGACUGCACUGAUCUGCACUGUUCCUGUGACUCUCACAGCUAUAUUUUAUGGCCUUAUUUUAAGAAGUGUGUGGAAAGCCAGAGAAGUUCGUCAAGAAUCUUUAGCAGAAUAUAAUCGUGCUAUUGCAGUUACCCUCACAAGGGUGGUGACUCUUACCUUGACAUACUUUCCACUCAGUCUUGUUCUCAUUCUGGAUGCCAAGUCUGGUUUAAUCCCUGAUACUGUUCACCGCUAUAUUGGCUUCCUUUACUGUGCUCAGUCAGUGAUCUCUCCUUUUGUCACUCUCCAGGACAAUGAUUUCCGACAAAAGUUCAUCCAGUCCAAAAAUGGGCAUGUUGCAAAGUCUCCUCGAAAUGGAACAGAAGGGAAUGAAGCUGGACCAAGCAUGAGUCCAGAAAUUGAAAUUGUUGCUGGGGCUGGUGGCCAAGAUGAAAACGUCAGCAACACAAAAACGAGGCGUGAGAGAUUUCCACCACCUUUUGAAAGGGCUUUAAGUUUUUUCACUUCAUCUGAUUUAAGAUCAAUACCUUACAGCAAUGAGUAUCAGUGACUACAGGAUAGUGUGAUGUUAAGG